AUGCGGAGCUUCUUGGCGCUGCUAGGCUUUGCGCUAACUGUGGCGACGCUGCUGUUCAUGGGGCAGGAGCCGGACCCGCCGGCUCGGGUUGCUGAGCUCAUCAGUGGAAUGCCUUCGAAGGACGGCUCGCGUUGCGACGUGGCCAACCUCGACACGCUACGCCAUGCUGCCAUCGUCUACACAUGGGUUAACGGCACUGAAAGCUGCUACAACAAACGCCGUGAGCGUGCAGGAUUGCCUCGCGGUGGGUCGUCAAGAGACAAGGAGAUGGGCGAGCUCAAGUACUCGUUGCGCUCGCUGCUCAAGUUCGCACCCUGGCUCGAAGGGCCCAUCUACAUCGUCACUCCAGGCCAGAUCCCGGACUGGCUGGAUGUAUCCAACCCACGUGUGCGGGUCGUAGACCAAGACGACCUGCUGCCCAAGGACAAGGCCACACUCCCGACCUUUGACACGAACGUUAUCGAGCAGUAUUUGCACAAGAUCCCGGGGCUCACAGACGUCUUCAUCCACAUGAACGACGACUAUUUAUUCAUCAAACCUGUGACGCCCGACCGAUUCUUCACGUGUGACGGUGGACUACGUCUUCUAACCGAGAUCAACCACAUCCGCCAUGUUCCGAGUCAGAAAUCCAAUGCUUGGCUAGCUAGUGUACGUAACACAGUCAUGCUCACGGACAAGACGUACGGUGGAGAGCACGUGUACAACUUCCUCAAACACGCUCCGUUCGUCUACAGUCGUUUGGGUUUUGAAGAGAUCCACAAGAAGUUCGGCAAGGAGCUGGACGCUAUGCUGCCACACCAGAUGCGUCACCCGGACGACCUCAACAUGCCACUACUGCACCACAUUUACAUGCAGGAGGAAGGAUCCAAGGUACUGGGGAUUCCAGUGGAGCUCAAUCCGAUCAGCGAGUGUAAUGAUUGGCUGCUUGUGCGUGUCAAGGACAACAUUGACGACUCGCUCAAUGCGCAGUUCAAGAUGGCGCUGGAGAACAAGGGACCUGAGAUUCUGCUGGCUUUAAACGACGAGUACACGAGUCCCAAGACGGCGGAGCUUGUAGGCCGCUUCUACUCUCAAUUGCUACCGGAGCCAGCUUUCUUCGAGCUUCCUGAAGGCCAAUACGUGAGUGUAGUGAGCAACUGGCACGGCGCAGACUGCACGUACGACCCGAAUGUGGUCCCGUUACCUGAGCCAGACUUCAUGUCACUUCGAGUCGAAGACGAGAUAGCCACCGACUGGGCUCCGGCACCAGUAGUGACUCGCUUCCGCUCUCCUAACGAACGUGCUUUCGCCGAGAUGACGCCAUCGUUCGGAUGGACUCUGGCGUUGAACAUCGGCUACGGCUUCGGUCUGGCCAUUGCAGCCAUCAUCUCCGUCUACAUCUUCCGGUUUACCAACAAGGGCUCUCCUGGGCCCCACGCUACCAAGCAGACAUAA